GGCAGGAACAAGACAGUAGCUACACAUCAUUUUCGGCAUUCACAACUACUGCAAGCCAGUGACGCAGUUUCGAGCCCAAGCCACACUGCAAUGGAGGAAGUUUCACCUACUUCCGUAAACAACAGAACGAGUCCUGGCAGCACUGGGGAUGACAGAAAUGACAAUUUGUGUGACACGGACAACAAAGCCCCUGUCAUCUUUGACAGCAAGAACGGAAGUCCUGCCUUGCAACAUCGUGUCGACAGCAGCCAGGUCUUCGAUGCCAAGCCCAGUGGUAGCCGCAUGACCAUGGACGAAGCAGUGGGUGUUCUGAGCAAUGAUGCAGGGAGUCCUGGCAGCACUGAAGAUGACCGAAGUCACGAGUCCGACUUGGACUAUGAAGCACCUACCAUCUGUGACAGGAGCAAAGAAGGAAGCCCUGGCUUCCAACAUCCUGUUGACAGCAGCCAGGCGUUUGAAGGCAAGCCCAGUGGGAGCCGCAUGACCAUGGCUGAACCAGCGGGCACUCUGGACAAUGAUGCAGGAGGCUGUGAUGUUGCUGUAAUGUGA